AUGACUGUGUGUCUAUUAAAUGCUCUCAACCACCACAAAAACUGGAAAAUAUCUAGUGAGAACCAAAACGCCGGGAAAUAUGACGACAUCGUGGUAGAAUUACCCGGAGGUAUUGCCGUUCUGGUUCAAGCCAAACAUAAAGAGAGCAGGAAGAUCACCAAAGAGCAGUUGCUAUCGGACAACUCCAAAAAUGCCGACUUCAGUUUGCCGAAAUAUUUCUUCUCCUACGAAGAGAUCAAGAGUAAAUUUAGAGCUCAGACUGUUAUCAUUUGCACCAACACUGACAUCAAUACGAAGGGCCUAGAGAAUUAUUUAACCUUCCAGCGUGCCAAUCCUGAAAAUGUGUUAUACUACGAACACGACUGUUGUUCCUUUUAUAAAUUCAAUGAAAACAUUUUGCCGGAUUUAAAAAGGAACGCAGAAGUUUACUUUAGCAAGAAUUUACGGGACAAAAGUAUCGACAAAGCAGUGAUUACAGAUAAAAACUUGAAAGAUUUCCUAAAAAAAUUGCAGAUUUUUUCCUCUUAUCCAUGUGAAGAUCAUUUGCACAAAAUUAUCGAAGGAUUAAUAUCACGUUCGAACCCUUCCAGUUUGUGUUGCAAAAUAUCCGCUCAAGAAAUAUUGAGGAAGAUGGAACACUGGUUUAAACAACCAAAGGGUGAAUAUUUGACAGAGAGACAAGUCAAAGCGAUGCUCUGCGAAAUAAAAAGCGACAAGUACUGCGAAUCGUUGAAAAACUACAACUUGUCGUUUGAACAGACCGACUUUAGCUUUACUGAUUCGAAUAGAAUAUUCCACAUUAAAGUUGAGGAGGGUUCUUUGUUGCAGCUUUUGAAAAUACAUCAUGCUCUACGAGACGAUAAAUGUAGAAAAUUGUUUGUGAAUCCUAACGAAGGUCUAAAAGCGCAAAAACAAGUAAUAGAAGCGUUUGAGCUGCAACGCUAUGCCCUUUUGGUGAUGACUUGGACCGAAAUUACAGAAGAGGCUGCAACAAAUGAAAUAACUGCCAAGUUAAGAGGAAUAUUGGACAAGUAUAAAUAUAAAAAAGUUGUUUUGGUGGAAGCAGGUAACAGUAAAUUGGCACAGCGGAUUGGAUUGGAUAUUUCUAAAGUUGAUGGGUCUGUAACGUUCGAUAACUUCUCGAAGGAUUGUCAGGAGAGGCUGAUGAACAGCAAAAACGUAAUUUUCCAAGGCAACACAGUCAGCUUAAAAGAACUCUUACACACGGAUACGUCUAUAGAUUAUACAAAAUCCUUAAAUUCACUAAUGCUAGAGAAACUAAUCAGAGGGGAAAAAGUUACAGUGGGGGUACAGUCUUUAGGUUUGGAUAAAGACAUUGCUCGAUCUUAUGUAUGUCGCAGCUUUGAGAAACACGUCGAUAAAGGACAGAAGAGAGGAGAACCUUUGUCAGAGGAAAGCAUUUUUAACGUGAAAGGGAAAGCCAUAAUAAUCUCCGACAGUGCCGGUAUGGGUAAGAGCACAGUCCUCACCAAGAUGUCGGCGACUAUAAAAGAAAGAAAUAGUCAUUUGUGGGUUAUAAAAAUUAAUCUCAAUGAUUAUACGAGUAUUUUAAGAAAUACACUGAAAAAGCAAACAAAAGUAAUAAGUGUGGUCGAGCUGCUGAAUUCCCGAGAAGCUACUAAGCUCACAAACCAGCUUGAAGAGAUCGUUUUUUUCAUGAACGAAAAGGUAGUUUUAAUGUUGGACGGCGUGGACGAGAUUAGCCCAGACUAUACGGAUCUCAUACUCAAUUUGCUCGACCAAUGCCAGCAGGGUCCCAACUUUGUAAAAAUUUUUGUUACAACCAGACCUCACGUAGCUCUGAAGUUGGGAGCAGUUCUAGGAGUUGGAACGUUUAAACUGCUGCCCUUUACGAGAUCGGACCAGGUAAAUUUCCUUACGAACUACUGGAUACAUAACUUGAAUCUAAACUAUGGAAAUAAAACGAAAUGUGAACGAUAUGCCAAGAUACUAAUUGACAACCUAUCGUCUUGGACAAGAUCAAACUACUCUUCAGAAAAUCCCUUUGAGGAAAUCCCACUGCAAGUAAGGAUGGUGGCUGAGAUAUUUCAGGAAAGUCUCAAGUGGAAGGAAUCGGCAGAUUGGGAAGGAUGUAAGGAGUAUCUGAGUGGGGAUAAAGCCGAACCGAAACUGCCUAAAAAAUUUAAUAUCGCGAUACUGUACGACGUUUUCAUUGAAAUGAAGCGAGAUGUCUUCAUAGACAAGGGAAACACAAGCGGAAACACGGUGGCGAAUCAAGCUUUCUCUAACCAUUUCAAAGGAUGCCUUGCUUACCACAAUAGUCUAGCUUUAAAAGUAAUCCUUAAUGAAACAGAAAGUCGUUUAUUCUCAAAUUACGACGCAAGGGAUGAAGACAUGGAAGAGUACGUGUUAAAGAUUGGAAUUGUGCACAGACUCGGUGACGAAUUCCAGUUCUUACACAGGUCUUUUGCGGAAUACUUCGUGGCCGAUAGCAUAGUUCAAGAACUAAAACUUCAGAAUCCAAAUGUUGAGUUUCAGAGAUUCCUGAUCGACGCAGUAUUUCCAAAUGACAGAUUUCAAGUGGUCCGUGCUUUCUUAGACAUUUUACUGCAGAAAGUUUCCUUGCCUCCUAAUAUCUUCAAAAACUAUCGGUCCUUCUCCUGUAAGGCUAACUCGAAUCUCAUUUUCCAACUCGCAGGUGGUGGUCACGUAGCAAUCCUCCAAUUACUUCUAAGAAGCGUAAUAUUCAAAAUCAUUACAGAUAAAGAGAUUAAAGUUGCGGAUUGGCUGCCUAAACUGGCAUUCCAAAAAAGAAACACAUUGAAUGAUUUGAAGAUUAUUGUGCGAAAAGGCGGGGUUAACAUUAAGAAUGAUUCUGGUUACAGUCCACUACAUCUCGCAGUUAAGGGAGGCCACUGGGAGAUGGUCAACUUCCUGGUUGAGCAAGGUGCAAACGUUAACAGCAAGAACGAUGACGGCUGCUCGGCAUUGCAUUUAGCCGUAGAGCAUGUGAGAUCCAACAUUAGGAAAUACUAUGUAGAUCAAUUCCAAUAUCCAUACCUUAAAGUUGAAAACAAGUACGAUACGGCUGUAUGUUUUGCUAACAAAUAUAAGGAACUGGACAUUGUCAAAUAUCUCGUGGCACAAGGUGCAGAUCUCAAUAUAGGAAACAAUGAUGGCAACACAGCACUGCACUUAGCUGCUAAAUUUAAGAUAACAGACAUAGUCGGAUGCCUCGUGGAACAAGAUGCAGACCUUAACGUUAAGGCCAAUGACGGCAAGACGGCGCUGCACUCUACAGUCAAAUAUGGGAGUCUAGGCAGUAUCAAAUACCUGGUGAGACAUGGUGCAGAUCUCAACGUUAAAGACAAUGACGGCAACACACCGUUGCACUUAGCUGCUAGACGUGAAAAUUCCAGCACUCUCCAAUACCUCAUGGAACAGGGUGCAGACAUUUACGUUAAAGACGUUGACGGCAACACAGCAUUGCAUCUAGCUGUCAAAUAUGAGAGAUUGGGCGCUGUCAAAUACCUCGUAGAGCACGGUGCAGAUAUAAACGCUAGAACCACUAGCGGCAGCACUGCACUGUCUUUAACUGUUAAGCAUGGUUACUCGGAUAUUGCCAAAUACCUCGUGGAUCAAGGUGCCUAUCAAUGACGGGUAUUUAGCACAGUGUACACUA